AUGCCAGUCCUAAAAGUCGGCAUAAUCGGCGCCGGCGAAGUCGCCCAAGUCAUCCACCUCCCGACCCUCACUCUCCUCUCACACCUCUACCAAAUCAACGGAAUAUGCGAUAUAUCCCUACCCACCGCACAACACUGCUCGCACAAAUUCCAUAUCCCAUAUGCAACCACUGAUCCCUACAAGAUCAUAAACGAUACCAAUGUAGACGUGGUGUUUGUUCUGACUAGUGACGAGUUUCAUGCCGAAUAUACCAUUGCCGCUUUGCGAGCCGGGAAGAAUGUCAUGGUCGAAAAGCCACUGACAAUAUCCAUCCCUGCUGCAGAGAGGAUCAUCGACGCUGAAAAGAAGUCAAGGGGGAGGGUAUUCGUGGGAUAUAUGCGUCGCUACGCGCCAUCCUUUACGGGAUCGUUUCUGCGAGAAGUCGCCUCAAUCCCGCGAAUCUUGUAUGCAAGGGUUAGGGAUAUGUCCGGCCCCAAUGCGUUUUUUGUGAAUCAAAGUGGCACGUUUCAGGUCAAACCUGACGUCAAGGAUAUUCCCGCGGAAGCCUCGCAGGCUCGAGACAAGUUACUUGAUGGACUGUAUCGGGAAGCAUUCCCCAACGCAUCCGUGAUAACGGAUGAAAUGAAGAAAUACUGUCGGUUUUUGGGCAGUCUAGGCUCUCAUGAUCUAUCACUUAUGCGCGAAGCAUUGGGUGGUUCGACUCCUUCCUCCAUUGAGGGAGUCUCCGUGAACGAUCCCUUCUAUUCCGCCAUUUUCACAUUUUCACCUCCUCCUCCCACCACCACCACCACCACCAUGACUCCAGAACAAGCUGGGAGAAGUUUUUCAGUAACCUACGAAAGCGGCAUAGAUACCAUCCCCUCCUUUGACGCCCACCUCGCCAUCUACGGCACAAACAAACGCGUCUCAAUCCAAUACGAUUCCCCUUAUGUGAAAGGAUUACCCAUCAAAGUGCACGUUGAAGAAGUGAAUGAAUACGACGAGAAACAAGUCAGAGAGGUUUUGUCGAGUUAUGAGGAUGCAUAUACGGCGGAGCUUACGGAGAUGUAUACCUGUUUUGUAAAUGGAAAGGAGAUUAAGACGAGUGCGGAGGAUGCGUUGGAGGAUUUGAGGUUGUAUGAUGCUAUGUAUAGGAAGGCGGGAAUAUCAUCAAUGAUUCGUGCCUAG